GCUUAUCAAUCAAUGUCAUUUCACAUUUGUAUUUUGUGUCAACCGAGCAUGUUUAUAAAUUAUUCUAAUAAUUACAGUCCAAAACACAAACAAUUUAAUAAAUAAGAAGCAAUGGCGACAUAUGAUAACAAAGCUUGGCUGCUGAAAAGCGUACGCGACGCUUUCAUAGCAACAGACGACACCGGACUUUGCGAGAUAGUUAUGGCAGGCGAGGACUUUUCGAAAAUUUUUCAAAACAAAGCAAUGGAAGUGAAGAAACGUGAAAGGGAUAAAGUGCUUUACCAACCGAGUACAAGUAAAGGGAAGGAGUCGGGUACAGAUGACGAAGAUGACAGAGAAUUCGUAACUCAAUUCGACCCAUAUCCUGAUAUGGACGACAGUGACGAAGAUGAGCCAUGCCCCAGUUAUCCACGGAUUCCUGACGAAUUCCUGCCGGUACACAGACAAAAACUUACUAUAGACAAAAAGGAGCAAGAUCUCAAAAAGGCAGCUAGGAUCAAAGUUAUAAAAUGGGAGGAUCCACAAACACAACUCACAUCUGAACAAUUGGCAGAAGUCUUUGCUAAAGUUGAAGUUAAAGAACCAGAGAAAAAGAAAUCCUUGCUAGCAGAACAGCUAGAGAACUGUCCUGACCUACCCCAUCGACAGUACCUAGAGUAUGCAAAGUUUGAUGGCACUGCACAGCUAGGGCAACCCACAAAAUCCUUUAGAAUCUUCAUGACGAUGCUUCCUGAAAAGUAUCAGAUGUACCCUGUUGUUGUCUGUGUUAUUGCCAGUGCUAAGAUAAAAGACUUAAUUGGCUUCACAUGCUACAAAUACAGCAUCGAACAUCCAGACAUAACUUUAGACUCUGUGCAUAACUAUGGGUUAUUCAUAGUGGAAGAUGAUGGUGAAGUGGACUGGGCAUUCCCAUGUCUUGACAAAAACGAACCAUGCUCAAAAUUCGGUUUCACAUGCCUUGGACUUGUGGACCUUAAGAAAAGGGACACAGCUGUUAUGGCAUGCCCUAUGCCCGAUUUUGAUAUGAAUUCAGCAUUCCAGUGUUUCCCCAAAGUAUCAGUGUCUGGACAAAGUAAUGUUAACACGUCAAGAUUGCAUACAGGGGACAGUGAUACUACAGAAGUUUUAAGGGCAAUGAAUACUGUGAUUGAGGGUAACAAAGGUUUUGGAUUGCAGUCUGGCGCAGUGGCAGAUGCUUCACAAGACAAACUUUACCGGGUGCUGUUGUUACAUAAAGUGCGAGCCAACACACCUGUCCAACUUGGUAUCACUCUAGAUACAAUAGAAGUUGUGCCGCUUGUUCCUAAUAAACACGCUUUUUGGGCGCGUCCAAAAUAUUUUCUGCACAGUAUGAACUCUAUAGCAUGGUGUCAGAUAUUAGAAGAAAGAAGCAACAAAACUACAUUCAGAAUAGUGUACUCGCCCAAUCAUGAUGCAGCGUUUAGCGAUAGAAAUGCAGGUAACGUAAACCUAUAUAAUCCAAACACAACAUACAAGAAACACGAUUUCGAGGGCGAGCACGAAAUUGCCAAAAAGAUCGUCGACAAUGUAAACACAAUCCUAGAUCUGAGAAACAGCCCAUGCCGUAGAGAAUACAAAACUGUGAAGGAAAAGAAAUUAUUGCAGACUCGAAGAAGUUUCCACACCAAGCAUUUAAGUUGAGUUUUGGUUCCUAAGGUUCGCAGCAGCUGAAAGUUCCUGAAAUAUAUUUUUUUUAAUGACUGAUUAAUAGUAUAAGUGAAUUUAACUAUGAAAACUUCAAUUUUAGCACAAGAAACGCCUUUUAGUCAUGUUUGAUGUUGUAUUAUAUGAAUUAUAGUCAAUAUGUCUGUAAUCUAUCGAUAAGUUACUUGUGGCCUUUUUCACAACCUCCAGAUAAACUUUAUCGGAUAAAUAACUUUGACAUUAUGACAGUUUUUCUACUGGGAAUCUACCAAAUUGUCAAUCCAUUAGAUAAAGUUUAUCUGGCAGUUGUAAAACCAUAGAUUUAUCAUAGUAUAUGAAUCCGAAACAGUUACAUGUUAUUUGUCACAAACUAUCAUCACAAAUUGUAUGUUCUUUUGACAAAUAACGUUCCCAAGUAUCUUACUGACAGGUUAAAGAUAGAUUGAAUUUUCGGCUGUAAAAAUACUAUACUGUUAAAGCCAUAUCUGAAACUAAUUAGAAUUAAAUUGCAUGUUAAGGCCAGGCCAUAAAUACAAAACAAAAUAAAAAAAUACCGACUGAUAAUAAUUAAAGACUUGAAAAGGUUUUUUUAUCAAUAAUAUGCAAUUUCGCAUAUUUCAUUAUUUAUAUUUUAAACAAUAAUAAUUAUUAUUGUAGAAAUUUAUUUGAAAAAUUCAAUGUUAUUUUUUUUUGUAUUCAAGAUUCAAGACCUCAUUAUAAGUAAGUAUUCAAAAAACAAUCUAAAGUAUAUAAUGUGUAAAAAUUAAUUAUUAUUAGUUAAAUUAAGAUUAUUUAAAACUGUCAUACAGUUUAGAUAGCUAAGGUACACGUUUUCGUAAUUUUGUAAUAGAAUGUACAAAUGAGUGAAAUGAGUUCAAUUUUAAGUUAUUAGAUAGCUUACAGCUGAAUACUGAACCGCAUUUUAAUGAUGAACGUCUAUAAUAAUAAGGGUAGUUUCAGACUCAUUUUUAUGCGCGGUACAUCCUUCCAUCCACGUUGAUAACUAUUUUUUCUUAACUAGCUACGCAAUAAGAUUAAGCUUCGUCUUUUCGCAAAUGAUUAUUAAACAAGAAUAUUUUAUCCAGGUUCGUAAGGGAAUACGAUUAUUGUUUUUUAGUAACUAAUAAAGGGUAAUCGGGUUCGUAACUGACUAUAAAAUGGAAAAAAACUAGUUGUGAUCCUUGAUCGUGCAACACUCAAAAUUGUAUUUAAAAAAACUAGUUGUCAAAUAAGUAAUAGGGCUUAAUUUGUCAUAACAUAGUAGAUAAAAAAUUCUUGAUUAUAACCAGUUAUGAAAAAUUAGUAACGUAGAUGGAACUGCAAUAUGAGAUUGGCGUCUUUAGCGACUCACGCGUCCAUACAACGCUCGUAAGGUGUGCGUGUGAAAAUAAGUACGUGCAGUAUAUAAAACGAAUUUUAUACGCGCAAAAAAAAUGAUAAUCUGAAACCGCUCUAAGUAUCUGAUUUUUAAUAUUUUUUUUCCAUACAAAUUUCGAUAAACAGUGUUUACAACGCUCUUAAGUGUUACAAACCGCUAAGAGUUAAUGAAUUUAUAUCGAAAUUAAACAAAUUCUUUUAGUGUUAUAUUUUAAUGAAUUUAUUUGAAUAGUAAUUAAGAUUUUAACAGUGAAAUUAUUGUGAAAUAUACCUUGAGUAGGCUUAACAUAAUUUGAUUAAUAAAAAUGUUGAAUCUAAUAGUAAAAAUUUCAACAUGCCUACCUAGCUUUAUAUUUUAACCAAUGAAUUGUAUGUUAAUUUCGAUGAUAUUGUAUGAAUGGAAUUAUGUACAUAUUUAUAAUGAAAUGAAAUAUUAAAAUGAAUAAUUGUUAUGAAUGA